AUGAGUGAAAAUCUCAACCCUGAUAUUACCUAUAAAGGAAACAAAGAGGAAUGGUAUAAGAUAAGCAAAGGAUUUUGGGAGAACCAAGAUAAAACAGAUUCGGGAAUGCUUGAUGGAUAUAUUCAAGUUUCAGGCUCUGAUAUUUAUGAAAGUCGUGAUUUAAUAGAAAAAUAUCAGAAAAAGAAGAAGUUAGGAAAUACAAAGGCUGCUGAUUGCGGUUCAGGUAUUGGACGCGUUUCAUACUUAUGUUUAAUGGACUAUUUUAAACACAUUGACUUAAUAGAUCCAGUUGCUUCAUUUUUAGAUGUUGCAGAACAAAAAUUUGAUGGAUUUCCAUGCAGAAAAUACCCUGUUGGCAUUCAAGACUGGAUUCCUGAAGAUAAUUAUGACGUUUUUUGGUGUCAAUGGUCAAUCAUGUAUCUUACAGACGAAGAUUGCAUUAAGUUCCUACAGAGAUGCAAACAACAUCUCCUUCCAAAUGGCUUGAUAAUUAUCAAAGAUAAUAUUUGUGAUCGCGAUGUCAAAGCUGGUUUAGAAACAUUCGAAGUAGAUACAAAUGACAACAGUCUUUUACGUUCAUAUAAAGUUUACCUAAAUCUUUUUGUAAAAGCAGGACUUCAUCUUGUGGAAGCAGUAAAGCAGACAAACUAUCCAAAAUACCUCCUUCCAUUAUAUACUUUUGUUCUUAAUUAG